GUUUUGAUCUGACGAUGACCUAGCACUGAUCCUUGAAGAUGAGACAGAUCUGUGAAGUAACAAGAUGAGUGGAAAUCAUAGACGGAUAGAAAUGGACCUGGCUACAGUUUCAUCAUCAAAGCCUUAUGGGUCAUCCAGGAGUAUUGUCAGAAGAAUUGCCACAAAUCUUCCCUUAGCACCCUGCCCUCGUGUCCAUUUUCAGCUUCAUCGAUUCGCUGCAGGAGCGAGUUUCCUCAACAAUUCAAAUGGGCCAAAUGGACUUGUGGCCACACUCGCUGAUGUGGGCUGGAUGGACAGAGAAGAGAGCGAUGGUGCUGGCAGGAAUAGGUUUGAGGCGGAUUCGGGGUUGUUUUUUCGCACCCAGCAGUGCAGACCCCUGAGACGUCGGCAGUCGUUACCCAGCUUGCACCAGGCUGAACCUGCGCCACAGAGUCAGACGAUCAUCAACGAUGAAGCCAUUCAGAAGAUCAGUGCUCUGGAAACUGAGCUGGCCAAACUUAGAGCUCAAAUUGCACAGAUCGUUCAGGCACAGGAGCAAAGUGCUCAGUCCACAGCUCCAGCGCCAGGUGGUCCCCCCGUACCCCAAGCUCCACCAAUGACUCCAGUUCCACCUCCGCCACCUCCUCCGUGUCCCGCCCCUGGCAUGCAGAGAAGCUAUUCUGCCAUUGACCUCAUCCGAGAGCGGCGUGGGAAAAAGGCAGAGCAGAAGACAAUACUGGACUCUGCACCUAAAAAGCCAGAGCUUCCCAACAUGCUAGACGUACUGAAAGACAUGGGGAAAGUGAAGCUGCGUUCCGUUAAGAGUCAUCAAGAGGACACGAAACCAAAACCUGUUGAGCCCACAGAUGCUGCAACAUUAAUCGCAGAGGCCCUGAAACGCAAGUUUGCUCACCGCUACAGAAGUGACAGUGAAUGUGAUGGCAACUUUAACUUGCCAGCCACUGAGAAUAAGACCCACAUAGAAACACCACUGUUUGGCCAACAUAUGUUAAAGUCAACUGGAAAGAGGAAACUGUGCUAGGAUGGAGCUACUCAUCUGAGCAGGUUAAUGUAGUUAACCUGAUGACUUUUCAUUUUCAAUAACCGGCUAACUUUUCUUGUUAGCCCUCAAAAUGCUGUUAGUGUUCUUUUAGGUGAGCAUGCAAAUGCCAAACACUAUACAGUCAGUCUGGUUUCCCAAUUUAAUAUCUAUGUAAUUUGCACUUUGAAAAGUUCAUCUCCAUCAGUACAUCUCGUACCACAGCCAGUUCCAUCAUCAAUGCCAGUUACCUGAGAAAUUAAUUCUUUUUGUUUGGUUUUAUGUAUGAUUUUAUAAGUGGAUUUAUUUGGAUCUGUUGAAUGUCAACAGUGCAAGUAUUCGACCUUGUUAGAUUCCUCUCAUUUGAAGGGAUAACGUUAAACAAAAACACCAAAGUGUACGGAUUGUUCUUUAUCAGUAGUUUUAUGUGUAUUUUUAACACCUGUUUGCACAGAAGUUGUGUCUGCUUCAAAGGUACAAUUAAUAGUUGCUACUAAAUUUAGUAACUACAGGUUUUUCUGUCAUGUGACCGUUAGCAAUUAUGAUCCACACUUUUGUGAUCAUCAUAAAUAGGGCUUAGAUGGUGCUGUCAGUAGUAUUUGCUCACUAAUUUAAUGAGAGCUCAUUUAAAAUCCAAUCUAAUUUAUUAUUUUGGAACAUUUCCAUGAUAUUGUUCUGGAAGUCAUUUAGUUAUUUAACCAGUUUAAUAAAUCACUUGAAUGAUGUAGUUUUGUUUGUCUAUGACGUCAAGCUUGUUAUCUCUAGUCCAGUCCCGAUUUCAGUCUAUUAGCAGAAUUUUUGACAGUGUUUGUACCUUUAAAAGGUUUGCAUUUUUGCACAUAUACCUAAAAUGUCUGCUGUGCACCAACAGUCAGUGCAUUUGCAUUAUAUUACAGUACAGGAUUUCUCAUUGCAAAGAUUUCUAACUGGAUUUAAUGGCCAGCACAUAGGAGGUAUACCUCAGAAUUGAAGGGAAUCUCCUAGCGGGGAGAUAUUUCUGGUUUUAUGGAUUUUGAUAAUUUAUUUAAAUAGGUUGAUUUAAUUUCACUCUACAGAACCGUUUUGAAUGGACUUUCAUUUCUUGAAUAAACCUGAA